AUGCUAAGAACUACUACUAGAGUGACUUAUGUAUCCAGAUCUUGUAUAAGGACUAUCAAUUCAGAAGCUUACACAUCUACAAUUAUUGGGCUGAAGAAGGAUUUAAAACAAGCAAUGCUUGCAAAGGAUGAUGCAAAGAAAACAACGAUAAGAAAUAUCUUAAGCACAGUCAAAAACAUGGAAUUAGAUAAUCAAGGAAAAGACUUUAAUGAAUUAACAUUAUUUGGUAUUUAUUCGAAAUUGAUAAAACAAAGAAAAGACUCAAUUGCAGAAUUCAUUAAAAAUGAUAGAACUGAUUUAGCGUCAAAGGAAGAAACUGAACUAGCUAUCAUUAACUCAUAUUUGAAGUUACUCCCUGUAGCAUCACAAGAAGAAGUCGAUAAGAAAGUAACUGAGUUAUUGACUAAAGUGAAAUCAGAACAAGGUGACAAUGUCCAAUUAAAGGAAAUAUUACGUUCCUUAAACUUCAAAAUUUUACAAGUACAAUGGAAAACAACCCAGGGGGUCAUUGUCCAAUCAUUAACUAGACACUAUAGAGAAAUCUUCAACUAG